AUGCAUUCAGCCUCGUACCUGGUAUCAGUACUGGCAGCCGUUACAUCUGUAACCAGCCAGCAUGUUCAUUUUGAUAUCCCGGAGGUUGAGGGCUUCGUCGCUUCUCAGCUUGAACGUUUCGGGCAGUGGACACACUACCCAGGCCCAUCACCGACAUACUGGCACCACCCGUCGCCGAGCCCGACAAAGCCUGCUCCAUCACCCACGAACACUUGUGACUAUUGGCUAGAAGACAUAAAACACCAAGGUAUCGCCGCCUUCAACCCCGAUCCGAGUGGCUAUCAGGUGUUCAGGAAUGUCAAGGACUUUGGUGCAAAAGGAGAUGGAGUCACAGACGACACUGCUGCGAUCAACAAUGCCAUAUCAAGUGGUGGCAGACUCGGACCAGCACAAGGAGGCUCAACGACGGUCACACCAGCCAUUGUAUACUUCCCCCAGGGUGUAUAUAUGAUCAACGCAAGCAUCAUCGACUACUAUUAUACCCAGAUCAUAGGCAAUCCGAACUGCCUCCCAACCAUUCGUGCCUUUGCUACAUUUACUGGCGGCCUUGGACUCAUCGACGGCGACCAGUAUGGUGCCAAUGGUCUUGGCUUUGGUGCUACCAAUGUGUUCUGGCGCCAGAUCAGAAAUUUUAUCAUUGACAUGACAUUGAUCCCCGGGUCAAGUGCGGUUACAGGCAUACACUGGCCGACAGCACAAGCGACCAGCCUGCAGAACAUCGUGUUCCAGAUGAAUAGUGAUGUUGGGACACAGCAUCAGGGCAUCUUCAUCGAAUCAGGCUCGGGAGGCUUCAUGAACGAUCUCAUCUUUUACGGUGGUCUCAAUGGCGCGACCUUUGGCAAUCAGCAGUUCACAAUGCGCAAUCUGACAUUUUAUAAUGCCGUGACCGCCAUCAACCAAAUCUGGGACUGGACAUGGCUGUACCAGAACAUCAACAUCUACAACUGCUCUGUGGGUUUGAACAUGAGCUCUGGUGGGAGCACUGCACAGUCCGUGGGCUCUGUCACUUUGAUCGACAGCAGCAUCAGCAACACCCAAGUUGGCAUACUGUCCGCCCAUGGACCUAAUUCACAGCCACCGACUGCGGGUUCACUAGUGCUAGAGAACGUCGUGUUCAAUAACGUGGGCACCGUGCUGAUCGACAACUUCCCCAACAAUAACACAGCUAUCGCAGGUGGCAGUCUCACCGUCUCCGGAUACGCACAAGGCCAUGCCUACACACCUAACGGCCCAAACAACAUCCAGGGUACCAUCACCCCAGACCCUCGUCCCCAGUCGUUGUUGCAAGGCAAUGGCAAAUACUACGAGCGCUCGAAGCCCCAGUACGAGAAAUACAGCGUCAAUCAAAUCCUGUCUGCUCGCAGCUUUGGCGCCACUGGCAACGGCCACACCGAUGAUACCGCAGCGCUCCAGCUUGCCAUAUCUGCCGCCAAGUUCCAGGGCAAGGUCCUGUUCGUCGACCAAGGCGACUACUUGGUGACGAGCACGAUUUACAUUCCAGCUGGUUCCAAAAUUGUCGGAGAGAGCUACAGUGUGAUCUUAUCUCACGGACCCUUCUUCAACAAUAUCAACCUCCCACAGCCUGUCGUCCGGAUCGGCCUACCCGGUGAAAGCGGCUCAAUCGAAUGGAGCGACAUGAUCGUCUCGACACAAGGUCAGCAGCGAGGCGCCGUCUUGUUCGAAUACAACCUCAAUUCACCCUCCAGCUCCCCUUCAGGACUCUGGGACGUCCAUGCUCGCGUUGGUGGAUUUGCGGGCUCGAAUUUGCAGUUCGCACAGUGUCCUACUACACCUGAUGUUAAUGUUACGUCUACGAACCUCAACCAGAAUUGCAUUGCUGCUUUCAUGACGAUGCACCUCACCAAGCAGUCUGCUGGCUUGUACCUUGAGAAUGUUUGGUAUGACAUCUUUGGUUCAAUGCAACUACUGUCAAGCUAUGCUAAUAGAUUGAUAGAAGAGUCCAGAAUAAGAAGACAUGGGAUCACACCCCAAGGGCUUUGGGUAGCGGACCAUGAUGUCGAAGACCCGCAACUACGGCAAAUCACCAUAUACGCUGGCCGAGGCUUGCUGGACGAGAGCUCCGGUGGCAAUAUCUGGAUGGUCGGCACGGCGGUGGAGCAUCACACACUGUACCAAUACCAGUUCGCCAACACCCAGAACCUGUUUGCUGGCGUGAUCCAGACAGAAACACCCUACUACCAACCCAACCCCAGCGCGCCCAUCCCCUGGCCCUACGUCGCCAGCCUAAACGACCCGCGAUUUCCGAACCCAACAGCCACAGACGGCAACCUCACCAUCCCCAACGCAGACGCCUGGGGCCUCCGCAUCGUCAACAGCAAAGCUCUGAAUUUCUACGGAGCCGGUCUCUACAGUUUCUUCGACAACUACAGCACCACGUGCAGUAACCAGGGCAACGGUGAAGUAUGCCAGAAUCGGAUCUUUGAGGUCGUCAAGUCUAGUGGUGUUGAUGUGUAUAAUCUGAAUACUGUGGGCACGCAUUAUAUGAUUGAGGCGGAUGGGAAGAAUGUUGCGUACUAUGGGGAUAAUCUGGAUGGGUUUGUGGACACGAUUGUUUUGUAUAGGGAUUAG